AUGUUCUUCAUUGCGUAUACUUCGGAUACGGCACUCAUACCGAACUGUGCAGAUCGUAUCAACGUGACGGGGCCUGGUCAACUAAUGUCUCCAAAUUUACCAUCAAGAUUCUCUGACAACGACUCCUGCAGUUGGACCUUCUGGGCACCGAUGGGAAUCAUGUUUUAUGUGAGCUUCACCGACUUAGGCAGCACUGACUUUUUGAAGAUUUAUGAUGGCUUACAUCGAAGUGACAGUUUAUUGCUGGGAAAAAAUAACUUCGCUGUUGAGCUUGAGCCAGUUUACACGACCGGACACUUUGGCAGAGUAGUGUUUGCGCCAAAUUCCGAAAAUCAACAUUACGGCUUUCUUCUGACAUAUGACGUAGGCAAUUUGGACCCUUCCAACAUCUCGGUACUAGAGGAGUGCAACGAGACAGGCAUCUAUUUGAACACUCCUAACCGUACAUUCUUCGAAUAUCUCUCGGUAUCACGAUCUAAUUAUAAGACUAACAUGGACUGCAUCUGGUACAUCACUGCCCCGGAGAACCACGCCGUGGAGAUCGAGUUCGAGCCAGGGGGAUACGGAAUGGAAACCAACCUCUACUGCGACUAUGAUAACCUGGCCUUCUACGAAGUUACUGGCCUAAACGAUUCACUGAAACGGAUUAAUCGGGUGUGUGGCUAUAAGGUUCCUAAGUACCGCUACCAAACCGUCGGUAACCGGAUGAUGAUAGAGUUCCAUUCGGACUACUUAGUGCCCGCUGUUGGAUUCAAACUCCGCUACUACGCCAUAGAUAUGGCUUAUCCGUAUUGCAGAGAGGAUUUCAAGUCAUUGGACGGAACGUACAACCUCCAAACGUCUUACUUGAAUGCAAAUGCUAGAUGGAUAUUGACAAUUACGAGCCCUACGAUCCCUAGCUACUGGAGUACUAAAUAUGAAAACAACGCCGAAGUGUUCUGGCUUAUAACUGUGGAAGAUCCAAGUCUGUACCGCCUAGUGCUUUCGUUCAGUUACUCUUGGAUCGAGAGCUCUCCUGGCUGCAGUGUUGACUGGUUCGCCUUGUUCCGCGAGUUGCGUAGCGUUGCCGCUGAAGUAACGACGACGCCCGCUGCAACACAAGGACCGCCGGUAGAGGCGGUGAUAGAAGCCUUGAACGGUUCCAUGUUUUACUACCGGAACGAUGUGGUGCAGACGCGUAACGUCAGCGAGGGCCUGGAAGCCACCAUUGACUUCUAUCUGGUCGGCAUAAAUGGUUUGGACGAGGCAAGUACUGGAGGGCCACUUAUAUAG